AUGCUCUUUGAGUUUCGCAAGGGAAAUAACGCAACAGUUGCUACCAAAAACAUUUGCGAUGUUUAUCCAAAUGCACUGGACAUUUGUAAAUGCCAAAGGUGGUUUUCCAAGUUCAAAUCGGGUAAUUUUGAUCUUUCCGACUCGUAUCGAUCAGGAAGACCAUCAGCGUUAGACAACGACGUGUUAAGGGCGGAAGUGGAAGCAAAUCCGUGUCAGACGAUCGAGGAAUUGUCAAACAGUCUCAACCAACCUUGGUCGACCAUCCAAGAACAUUUGAAGCAGAUUGGGAAAGUAAGCAGAGCAGGUGUUUGGGUCCCGCAUAAUCUGUCCGAACAGAAUAAGGCUAACCGAUCAAUCACAUGCAACAGAAAAAAUUAAUGAAUUGGGGUGGGAGGUGCUGCCUCAUCCACCAUAUUCGCCCGAUGUUGCACCAUCGGAUUUCCA